AUGAUGCAGUUCGUGGGUUCCCUUCUAACAGUGAUUGCUGCUGCAUCAGCUCUACCUGCCGAUCCAGUGAUCAGAAAACUGGACGAUGGUCUCCGUUAUCAAUAUGCCGAAGGUCCAGACGGAACACCUCAGCUGGUAGACUUGUGGCUGAAGUCUAGUGACCUGGCGAAGUCUGCGAGAUAUAAUCCAGAUACUGAUAAUGUAUACCAUUUGUUUACCAGACUGAACUCACAACGGAGUCAGAUUAUUCCAAUGGGAGAUGAUGCACUCCUAGGCAGAAGCAACUUCGAUCCCUCCAAACGGAUCAUCAUCCUGGUACAUGGCUGGUUGGAUAAUGUUGUUUCCGACUUAAACACCGUUCUCGUACCAGCUUUCCUGGAGGCAGUUGACGCAAACGUUUUCGUCGUUGAUUGGUAUGCCGGUGGUGGUUUGACCAACUACGCUACGGUUCUAUCUAAUAUGCCUCUCUCAGGUGCUGGUAUUGCUAGAUUCAUCACUUGGCUCACCAGAGCCUCUGGUGCUGGCUUAUCGAGAUACCACCUCGUGGGCCAUGGUGUUGGUGGGCAUCUGGUCGGAGUAGUCGGUAGAAACCUUGGAGGAAGAGUUCCUUACAUAACUUCCCUGGAUCCUGCUCUUGCUGGUUUCAUCACCAAUGAUGACAAAUUCGACGCAGAUGAUGGUAUUUACACUGAAGUCAUUCACACCAAUGCUGGACUUCUGGGGUACAUCGCCCCUCUUGGCAAAACCGACUUCUAUCCAAAUGGGGGUAUUGAUAUGCCUGGAUGUAUGAGCCAAAUGUGUGAUCAUCACAGGUCAUUUCACUUCAUGGCUGAAUCUGUAAGACGCGGUGGCUUUAGAGGAGCCCGUUGUUCUACCUUCAUCACCGCUAUGGCUGGAAAUUGCUUCCUCCCUGGAAACCUGAACAUGGGUGGCAUAGACCCUAAGACUGGACAAGUGGGAAUAUACCACCUGACAACAAGACCAUUCCCGCCUUUCUCCCGUUCUUAA